UGCGGGGAGUUGACACGUAGCGUCCGAGUAAGCCGAGCUGUUGGGUUGGGGGAGCCUUCAGGGCUCGUGUCCGCCGACUGCGCGGGGGAGUCAGGGUCUUGUUACGGAGGCGCUGCAGAGGGGUUACAAUGUCUGGAUUUGACAACUUGAAUACAGACUUCUACCAAACAAGUUACAGCAUUGAUGAUCAAGCACAGUCAUAUGACUAUGGAGGAGGAACAUACAGCAAACAAUAUGGUGGCUAUGAGUAUUCUCAGUCAACUGGAUAUGUCCCUCCAGAGAUGAUGCAGCAACAGCAACCUUAUACUGGUCAGAUAUUUCAGCCAUCACCAACUUAUACUCCAUCCUCACCCCAGUCUUUCUAUGGAAGCAAUUUUGAAGAUGAGCCACCCUUGCUAGAAGAACUAGGGAUCAAUUUUGACCAUAUCUGGCAGAAGACCCUCACAGUACUGCAUCCUUUAAAAAUAGCAGAUGGCAGCAUCAUGAAUGAAACUGACUUGGCGGGACCGAUGGUGUUUUGCCUUGCCUUUGGUGCCACCUUAUUGCUGGCUGGCAAAAUUCAGUUUGGCUACGUGUAUGGGAUUAGUGCAAUUGGGUGUUUAGGAAUGUUCUGUCUCCUGAAUUUAAUGAGCAUGACAGGUGUUUCGUUUGGCUGUGUUGCCAGUGUCCUAGGAUACUGCCUCCUUCCUAUGAUCAUACUUUCCAGCUUUGCAGUAGUGUUUUCUUUACAAGGCAUGAUGGGAAUAAUUCUUGCUGCUGGAAUUAUCAGCUGGUGUAGUUUUUCAGCUUCCAAAAUCUUCAUUUCAGCCUUAGCAAUGGAAGGACAGCAACUUUUAGUAGCCUAUCCAUGUGCUUUAUUAUAUGGAGUCUUUGCUCUCAUUUCUGUGUUUUGAGUGUGGUAUCUUUACUACUGGACUGAAAUGAGCCGAACUGAAAAGCCUCCACUUGGGACCCUUUGCUUGGGACCGGAAAGCAGCUGUUGAGUUGCUGUCAUGAAAGGUUAUUGCUUAAAUUGUCUGAUGGAGCCACAGAAAUGAAUGUGUGUUUUGUGUUCCUUUUUAUAAUAUUCUUGAAUUCAGUUUUGAAUCGAGCUGUAAUCUAUAGUUGUCAUACAGGUUCAUGCUUAUAUUGUAUAAAAUGUAAAGGUCCCCCCCCCUCCCAUUCUUCUAGUCUCUGGCAAAACAUACUUGUUAUGAAAACUUUUAUAGUUUGUAAGUUUUUAUAGGUAAGGAGAAAUGAAAUAUUAAACAUUGCUUUUGUUUCUCCCAUGUUGCCACACAACAAAGGAUACACAUUCCAUUUUUUGUACAGAUUUAGUGAAUUGAAAACAUGUCAAUACAACUUCCAUCAUAAAGCAAAGAAGGACGAUCCUAAAAACACCUUUCUUGAGUUUACAGCACCUACUUAGCUCACUCUGUUUACAGUGAAUGGUCCAGAGGGCUUUCCGGGCUCAACGGUUGACGAUGUUUAUAUGUUUCAGUUUCUGUGUAUUUUAUAUAAAGCUGAGAAGGUCUUGUUCUGAAGCUACAAAUCAAGGGGUUGGCAUUCAGUAGUUCAUCAAAAAGCAAGCUGUGUCGCAAGUAACGAAUUCGUCACUAUUGUAGUCUAAUACAGAAUGCACAGAAAAUCUUGGACUCUUAAUAAAUCAACUUCCCUACAUUGUGCCCAAACUUGAAUUGCCAAGAAGGUAAUUUAACUAAAUGAUAUGGGGCUUGUUCCCAUUGGAGCAGGAUUAUGUUUAAACAAUGGAAGGCUUGAAUUCAGUAGAGUUUGCAAAAAGCUUCAAAAUCCUGAACAAAUAAGUAGCAUUUUUAAAAACUUUCUAAAAUGAGUUUCCAUGCAAAAAUCUUGUUUGUCAGAUAGUAUAUUUGCUCUCCUUGUUUAUUAAACUAGUGAAACAGAGAAGCUAACCUUAAAGGUAUUUGUUGCAAGCUGGUAAUAAAUACUGGCUAUCCCUUUUGGAUUAUAUACAUGAACCAAUGUAACUUGUGAACAAAUGCUUAAUCUUGCACCUGUUUUUCUCCCCUUGUACCUCUACAUGUUUCUCCACACAACCUGUUGUCAUUUACCCAGCAGUUGCUGGCUAAACUCUUCAAUAAAUGAUUUGCAGGAAAU